CGUUGCUUUAAAUACACUGGUUCUUCACCUUCACCCCGCGCAUGCGCUUCCCUCGGGCCAGAUUCCAGAAUCCCCCGCGUAGUGUUGUUGAUGCAGGAAACACAUUCUCUUCUGAAGCAAUCGACCACUCUAAGCAUUCUCCCGGAUCACCCGCAAAUCAUCCUCACGUGACCAUUUCCCUCUUCAAAGCAAGCACAUAGCUUGCAGUCUCACUCAAUCGUGUGAACAACAUGAAAAUUGGUAUCAAUUUUGUUGCCAAAAGUCCAAAUGAAAAACUCUUCAUCUUCAUAUAUAAUACCUAACCCAAUUGAACAAACCUACACAUAUUGGUUUGUCUCUUCUCUCAAGUCCAAUUUCAUUAUUGUGCACUAAUGUCGGUCCGUCAAACUUUGCUUCUUCAACUAAUUCUAUUACUUUCACUACAAUGUUUAUGUAAGUCAAUAAGCAGCUGGGAGAAUUAUCUAGGCAACUCCGAAUUACACGAAAUAAAGAAUGUUGCUUUUUCUCCACAUAUAUCUCCAAGUGUGGAUCCUCAACCACUUUAUCCAUUCCAAGCUCCAACUCCAUUGAUGCCUUUCACCCACAACAGUGUGCCAAAGUUAUCAGGGCGUUGUUCAUUUAACUUUUCGGCUGUUGAACAUAUACUGGGGGUAACAGCAACUGAUUGCUGGGCUUCGCUCGCUCCAUACCUUGCAAAUGUAGUGUGUUGUCCUCAAGUUGAUUCCAGCCUAGCGAUUCUUAUAGGCCAGUCCAGUAUUCACACUCGGAAGCUCGCGCUGAAUGAUACUGAAGCAAGACACUGCGUCUCAGAUUUCCAGCAGAUCAUGGAUAGUAAAGGUGCCAGUGAGAGUCUUCUAGAGAUAUGCUCAGUUCACCCAUCGAAUCUCACGAAAUUAUCUUGCCCUGUAACUGAUGUUAACGAGAUUGAAGAAAAAAUAGAUUCCUCUGCUUUACUGGUUGCUUGUGAGAUAAUUGAUCCUGCUAAUGAGUGCUGCAACCAAGUUUGCCAAAAUGCCAUAUCAGAUGCUGCUGAAGAAUUAGCUGUAACGAAUCAUACAAGAACUGGUUUGGGAAGCACUUCUGUAGUAUCUGAGCAGGCGUCUCUUGUAAAUUACUGUAAGGAUAUUGUGCUCCGGUGGCUAGCUAGUAAACUCGAUCCCGCUUCUGCAAAUAGAGUUCUCAGAGUACUUACUAGUUGCAAAAUAAACAAAGCAUGUCCAUUGCUUCUUCCUGACGUGAAAAAUGUUUCAACGAAUUGUGGAUAUUUAACAAGCAAUCAGACAGCUUGCUGCAAUGCCAUGGACAGUUACUUAUCACAGUUGCAAGAGCAGAGCUUUGUUACUAACUUGCAGGCUUUAAAUUGUGCGGCUUCACUUGGCUUGAAGUUGCAAAGAGCUAAUAUUUCGAGCAAUAUUUAUAAACUCUGCCAGAUAAAUCUCAAAGAUUUUUCCCUUCAAGUGGACUCGAAAGUAUCUGGUUGUCUUUUUCCAAGUUUGCCUUCCGAUGUAACAUACGACAAAGCUUCGGGAAUCAAUUUUAUUUGUGAUCUUAAUGAUAAUGUCGCAGCCCCUUGGCCCUUGGGUUCUGUUGAUUCAUCUUCUUCAUGCAAUAGAAGUAUAGCCACCAAGUUUCCAGAACUCCCCAAAGCAACAUCGGCACAAAGUGGAAUAUAUGUUAAAGGUGUGUCUUUUACACUGUGGAUCGCCUCCGUGAUGGUUCUUCGAAUGCUUGCUUAAUCAAUUUGUUAUUAAUUUCAUUCCCUCGUCAUUGAUCUAACAAGUACAGAAUUAAAACUUCAUCUCCUCGAGCAAGAAUCCUCAAAAACCACAAUGGAUAUAACAUGAGCUGCAAACUAUUGUUUUGUAAAUAAGUAAUGAGUUGCUUCAAUAAUCGUUAUUGUAAUCACCUAUUCGUAAUGUUCUUAAGGUUGGAAAUUUCUGAAGUUUGUAUUCAUGUUCUUGAGGGUUGAUAGACUUGGACCUAAAUGAUAUCGAAUUUUAUAAUUAAA